GGCGUCGAUCUCAUACGGAGAACUCGGGAUUGUGCCUCUUGGAUGUGGAAUUCGAGCUCUGCCCGUCAGACUGCCUGACGAUAGGCUCAGGACGAGCUGGCUGGCGACUUAUCCCUUCGCCGCGCCUUGCGCUGUUCCUCCAGAGUGGCGUGCGUGCCUGGGACGGGAUCUUACAUGCCAGUAGCUCUGAUAGAGUUUUGUCGCCGUGCUGCGGGGCGCGGGGGCCACAAGGCCUCAACUCUCUGCCGGGGUCGUCUCUCGUAUGCUCGACUCAGGGUUCGCGGUGCUGUGGUCUGCAUCGUUUCCGGGAACAAUCCUUGUGCUUGUCAUACCACGUCAGCUCACAGCGCUCCCGUGUGGACUUUCAUCCUUGGUGGCCUGGUUCCGCCGCGUUCCCGCGCCCGAGCCGGCGGGUACACUGGCCGCCCUGUGAAAGUCCUACUUCCGUGCGCCGCCCACGCCAGCUAUAGCCAACGGCCGACUGUAAGCCGCCCCGUACAUGCCCUCGAGACCUCGCUCAUCCGCUCGCUCAGCAUCCCACUGGCCAAUCAGUGUUCCGGCGAUCCAAUCGGGUCAACAAGAAGCCGGGGCCGGACGCCUCAAAAGUAUUCCUGGACACCUUCCAUAUAUGGGCUACCGCCGUUCAUCGAUGUUGUGUACUGUGACAAAUGGCAUUUGGUCGGCCGGCGUGCGGUGGCUGUGCGCGCAGGGAGCAUACGCAGGCGGGCGAGCACGAGCGGACCACAACGGGCGAGCGCUCCGUGGCAGCGGGCAUUGGUUGUACUUCGAUUCCUGGUGGGUGCAUGUGGCUGUGGUGUCCCGCGCUGACAGGGUCGCUGUCGAUGCAGUGAUCUGUGGUUUCGCUGCACACGAGAAGGAGCAAUAAUUACCCGCCCGCGGCGCGCAACUCUCGCGUGGUUCUGGCAUGGCUGCGCCCUGGUAUGUGCCGAUGCCCGACAUAGGAUCGACCAAUAGGCACACAGGGGGAUCGCGGGCGCAGCGGGAAAAUGGUUGCGCCUCUGCGGCUGCGCGAAAGUGAAUCUCAUCUCGGGACCUGUCGAGCUCCACUGGACGAUCGAAC